UUUUGGAGCGGAUAAAAAUUGUGUACCUAUUUGCUUUGCAGUGUAAUUAUUUGGUUUUCGAAGAUGCCAUACUUGAAUCAAAAUCAAAUAGAAGAGUAUUUAGCUCUAAUAAAUGAUGGAGAGAUUUCGGAAGAUGAUCUUGAGCACUCGGAUACAGAAGUUUAGCCGACGAUUUGCUUCACGAUCUUGAGAGUCCAUUAGAAGAGGAAAAUGAUGACCCCGAUAAUGAUCCAUUCAUGGCAGGAGACCCGCCAUUGAUAAAUGAAGCUACAGCAAAUGAUCAAGUGCCACAGGUUCCAUUCCCCUCAACAAGUCAAGCUAGUCGCCGAGCAACUAUGAGAGGACUCGUAUGGAAGGUAAAAAAAUUGGUUUUGAAUUCUGACCAGACAGCUUUUCAUGGAGACACUACAUACCCACCUGAACUGAAGGAUGAGGCUACUACUGGUACUCCCUAUAGUAUUUUUUCACAUUUUAUUCAAAGGAUUGUGGAAGAGUCUAAUUUGUAUUCCGUUAAAAAAAAUGUGACUAAACCAUUAAAUUUAUCUGAAACUGAGCUAAGAAAGUUUAUGGCGAUACUGAUAUACAUGUCUGUUAUAAAAUAUCCCAAUGUACGGCUAUACUGGUCAAAUACUGUAGGUUUUCAACCAAUCAAGGACAUAAUGACUGUCAACCGAUUUGAGACUAUUCGUAGAUUUCUACAUUUCAACAAUAACGAGAAACAUUUACCCAAGGAACACCCACAACAUGAUAGGCUCCAUAAGAUAAGGCCUAUAAUUAGCCAUCUAAAUGAGAAAUUUGCUUUAGUUCCUAUGGAACAAAAACUCUCAAUUGAUGAACAGAUGUGUGCCACAAAAGUGGCACACUUCAUGAAGCAGUAUUUACCUAAUAAGCACCAUAAGUGGGGGUUUAAAUUAUAUGUGAUGUGCAGCGUGAAAGGUUAUGCUCAUAAAUUUGAAAUAUAUACUGGCCAAGAGAAUGAACGGCUUCCAGAUGAACCAGAUUUUGGGCCAGUGGGAAAUGUUGUAGUCCGGCUUGCUAGAGGUGUCCCAAGGAAUAUAAAUCAUAUAAUUUAUUUUGAUAAUUUUUACACCUCUGUUUUCUAUCUUCAUAUGUUGGAGCUGAACCUGUGGGCCAAGUAGAAAGAUUUGACAAGGCAAAUAAGACUAGAAUUAAAAUUUCAUGCCCACAUAUAAUAAAGGAAUAUAAUGCCCAUAUGGGCGGAGUGGAUCUAAUGGAUAGCUUUAUUGGGAGGUACUGAAUUGCAAUGAGAAGCCGAAAGUGGUAUCUUCGUAUCUUUUACCACUUAUUGGACAUGACGGUAAUAAAUUCUUGGCUUGUGUAUAAAAAUGUAAAAACAACUGAAGCCAAUUCAUCAGUUCUAAACCUAUGUAACUAUAGACUGGAACUAGCUGAGGUAUUAGCCAAAGUAAAUAACUCAUUUGAACUCUGCAACAAAAGAGGAAGGCCAAGUACCAGCAACAGUGUUGAAAUGGAAAUACAAGCAAAAAAAAGGAGAGGACCAGCUCAACAUAUUCCUCCUAAGGACAUAAGGACUGAUAAUGUUGGUCACUGGCCUGGUAAUUGUGUUCGCAGCAGAUGCAAAAUGCCUGGAUGCAAGGGAUACACGCAAAACAGGUGUGAGAAGUGUGGAGUAGCUCUUUGUCUUACCACAACCAAAAAUUGUUUUAAAAAUUUUCAUAAUAUGUAGUUAUUGUCUAGUGAGUGCAUAGUGUUGUAGUUCUGCAACAAAUGGUUUUUAAUAAAAAUAGCUAUGAAAAUAAAAAAAUAUAUUUUU